AACUUAUGCAAAUCUGGGGAUUACUUAUCAUUAUUUAAAUGAAAGCAUCUGAAAACCAGCAAUAAUCCUGUCUCCCAAGUUUAUCGGGGAGGGAGCCUAUGAGAGAAGCAAAAUUCAGUCUUGUUGGAACUCCCAAAUCCCAGAGGGGUGUGUUUUACAGCUCUCAGGCAUGCCUUAUGACUCCGGCUGUGACCCGCAGAAGGACACCAGAGGAAAGCUACCCGAGUCAUUCACGACUCCCUGGUCAGAGCUAGCCAUGAUGAGGACUUGUACCUGCAUAUACCACUUCCUUGUUAUGAGCUGGUAUAUUUUUCUCAAUUAUUACAUCUCACAAAAAGGAGGAAGAGACCAGCAGAAAUCCAAAAUCUUUCUCAAUGGCGGACAGUGGAAGUAUUUGACAUUGCUAAAUCUGCUCUUGCAGGCCAUUUUCUACGGGGUCGCCUGCAUGGAAGAUGUGCUAAAAAGAAUUAAGGGGGAAAAAGACAUUAAGUUCAUGACCGCCUUCAGAGACCUGCUUUUUACCACGCUGGCUUUUCCGAUCUCCACAUUUGUAUUUUUGUCAUUCUGGAUCCUCUUUCUCUACGAUCGAGAGCUCGUUUACCCUAAGGCCCUAGAUGGUAUCUUUCCAGUAUGGUUGAAUCAUGCAAUGCACACAUCCAUACUACCCUUCACACUGGCUGAAGUCAUCCUCAGGCCGCAUUGCUAUCCACAGAGGAAAAAAGGUCUCACCUUGUUGGCUCUUGCUAGCCUUGCAUAUAUCAGCAGGGUCCUAUGGAUCUACUCUGAGACGGGUACUUGGGUGUAUCCUGUGUUUGCCAAACUCAGCCCGGUGGGUCUAACAGCCUUCUUCUCUCUCAGCUACAUCUUUAGUGCCGGCAUCUAUCUACUUGGAGAGAAGCUCAACCACUGGAAAUGGGGUGACACGAUGCAGCCAAGGAAAAAGAGGAAGUGA